AUGACUUAUUAUAGCAAAGCCAGGGCUCCGACGUUCUGGCCUCUUCAAAGCAACAGUCUUCAGCAGAGCUGCGGUAUGGCUGCAUACCCCGGCAUCCUACCAGUACCUGAUGAUAUGGCAUCCGUGGAUGUAUUUCAACUGAGGAGCAUGUUGCCAAACCCCGUUCCCCCGAAUUCCACCAGCGAUAUGGUGCUGGAUCCAGAAGACAUCUUCCCGACUUUCAGCAGUGACUUUAGGGAUCCGGCCGUCUCUUCCGAUCUACUACUUUCCAACAACCCAACCACUGCUCCAUGCACCUCCCCACCGUGGUCAUCCCAGGACCAUCUUUCUCCAUCGCCCUCCUCAACCCCUACCCUCAAGAAAAGUGGAACCUCAUCUGCUGAUUCUCAAACGACCAAGGGCCGCAAAGCCGCCAAACGAGCCUCCCACAACAUCAUCGAGAAGCGGUACCGCACCAACAUGAACGCCAAGUUUACCACCCUCGAAAAGGUCAUCACGAGUUGUCGGCACCAGCAAAAGGUCCCUGCCAAUCGGUCAUGCUCGAUGAAAAAGUGUGAGAUCCUCACCAAUGCUAUCAAGUGUAUACAGUCCCUGGAGGAUCGGAAUGCGGCGCUGUGUGAGGAUGUGGCUUUCUUACGAGAACAGCAUCGUCUGCUUGGUGCGGUCUGA